GUUGCAUGCUGGGAGAUGCGCUUUCUGCGCGUCGGUUUUUUUUUUUUUCCAAGCUCUGGUUUCCUGGCGACGCUGUCCGGAGUUAACCUGCACGCCUGCGCUCCCUCCCUGCCUGUUAGUUGUUGGGCCCAGAGCGGCCAGCUGUCCUCCAGAAAAAGCAUCCUGAAGAAGAAGACAGAUUAUCACAGAUCUUCACAUCAAGUUCCAGAUCUGGGCAUCUCUGGAUUUUGUGUCUUCAGUAAAGGAGACCCCAGGAGCACUGAUCAGUCCUUGAAUUCUAGAACUAUGGCCCACGGACGCAAGGGUUUGGUGACCUUCUCAGAUGUGGCCAUCGACUUCUCGCAGGAGGAGUGGGCAUGUCUGGACUCCAGGCAGAGGGACUUGUACUGGGAUGUGAUGCUGGAGAACUACAGUAACCUGGUCUCACUUGAUUUGGAAUCACCAUACGAGACCAAGAGUUUACCUUCACAAAAGAACACUUAUGGGAUGAAUUUUUCCAGACGGACCUCAAAUAGAAAAAGUAAAUCCCGUGGCCUUGACUGGACAUGUGAAGGUGAGCUGGACAGAUCACGGGCCCCUCAAGAGGGACGUGCCAGUCAAAGGAUAAUCAGCUGUGGGGAUACCCCUGCUUAUAGAGAAAGCACCCCUGUUCGGCCACAGCAGAGACUCCCUAACAGGGAAAAUUCCUAUGAAUGUAAGGAAUGUGGGAAGGCUUUUAGCCGAGGCUAUCAGCUUACUCAGCAUCAGAAGAUUCACACAGGCGAGAAACCCUAUCAAUGUAAAGAAUGUAAAAAGGCCUUCCGUUGGGGCAAUCAGCUUACUCAGCAUCAGAAAAUCCACACCGGCGAGAAACCUUACGAAUGUAAAGACUGCGGGAAGGCCUUCCGAUGGGGCUCGAGCCUCGUGAUCCAUAGGAGAAUCCACACUGGAGAGAAGCCUUACGAGUGUAAGGACUGCGGGAAGGCCUUCCGGCGCGGCGACGAACUCACCCAGCAUCAGAGAUUCCACACCGGUGAGAAGGACUACGAGUGCAAAGACUGUGGUAAGACCUUCAGCCGGGUGUACAAACUCAUUCAGCACAAGCGAAUCCACAGUGGCGAGAAGCCCUUCGAGUGUAAGGACUGCGGGAAGGCCUUCAUCUGUGGCUCGAGCCUCGUGCAACAUAAGAGAAUCCACACGGGGGAGAAGCCCUAUGAGUGCCAGGAGUGCGGCAAGGCCUUCACCCGCGUCAACUAUCUCACCCAGCAUCAGAAAAUCCACACGGGGGAGAAGCCUCACGAGUGUAAGGAGUGCGGGAAGGCCUUCCGUUGGGGUUCGAGUCUCGUGAAGCACGAGAGAAUUCACACGGGGGAGAAGCCAUAUAAAUGUACAGAAUGCGGAAAGGCCUUUAACUGCGGCUACCACCUCACUCAGCACGAGAGGAUCCACACUGGCGAAACGCCUUACAGAUGCAAAGAGUGCGGAAAGGCAUUCAUCUAUGGCUCAAGCCUCGUCAAGCACGAGCGCAUUCACACGGGAUUUAAGCCCUAUGGGUGUCAGGAGUGUGGGAAGGCCUUCAGUCACGGCCACCAGCUGACACAGCAUCAGAAAACCCACACUGGUGAGAAGCCCUCUGAAUGUAAGGAAUGUGGAAAGGCCACAUGUAACCACGGAAACCACCUUGGAGACCAUGAGAGGAUUCCCGCCGUUGAAAAGCCUUUCGUGUACAAGGCCUCCCUUCAACAUUCGUUUCUUCCACGACAUGAGGAAGAUUCGUGUUGAGAGUGAAUGCAAGGAAGCCUUCACUGGUCGCCCUUCUGCUUAUAGACUAUCAGAAGUCAUGUGAGCGGUGAAUUUGGAGAAAUCGCUUUUUCUUAUUGAUCACAGCAUACUCAGCUGUCAGCGGUUAUCUCCUGGAUUAGGUUAGUUUCAAGGAGAGCAUAGAAACCUUCCAAUACCGCUUCAUCUCUGUCGUAUUUCAGAUGUGUUCUAAGGUGAAACUCUGCUAGUGGAAUGUAUGUGGGAGAGCUUUUCUUGUGGCACUUACCCCAACCUGUUACCACCACCCUCCCACCUCUCACUGCCUGAGAGACACUGGAAAAAUGAGCUCUUACCCGCUGUGCUUUAUUCGUGAAGUGGGGCUAAUCACACCUAACUAAUACUGCUGUCGUGGUGAUUAGAUGAGUUUGGUACAUGUGAACUCCCUGAACAUGUAUCUGGAAUAUUGUGUAAGCUCAAUAAAUAUUAGCUGCUGUUGUUGUUCUCAUUA